AUGGCACCCGCGGCCAUGGCUUUCAUGCCCUCGGGCUACGAUCCCUUUGCGUUCGAGAACAACCACUUUACCAACGAGGGCGAUCUUGAUCUCUCCUGGUUCGACGACAUGACCGCAUUCCCACUCGACAGCGAGGGUAACAUCUCGUUCGCAACCCUGGUGCACCAACAGAACGAUGAUGCUUCAUCCUUACCACUCUCGAGCGCAGUACCACAAUCUCCGCCAAGCCGAGACCAUCCAGGCAGUGUUAGUGGCAACUCACUUUCGCCCGGCGAUGUUCCCUUGAUCUACACUCCCAGCUCAUCCAUCCUUGAAAAUGGCGGUGUUGACGGGAGUGACUCUGACGUCGUCUCUUCCACUUCGCCCAUGAGCAGCUUCAGUCAGCUCGAUGACUUUGUUCACGUUGGACUUCACGGCGGCGCAUCGAUGGGCGGUCAAUACCCGAUGAUGGAUCAGCAGCCACAGCGACAGCAGAAUCAGCGGUCUCCCACGAUUUCACGCCCAAUCCAGCCGUCUCGACAAUUUGGGCGCUCUUCGAAUGAGCAUCAGUAUCAACAGGCACAGCCGCCCAACGCUUUCCAUCAGCAAUGGCAUACAUCAUCAUACUCAUCGAGCAACAGCAAUGGCAUGAGCUCUCGACAUGGCUCUCAAUUUGGAUCAUUCGCCGCUUCAGGUGAUGUGACAUUAUACAACAAUAUGGCCAAUGACUUGAUGUCGAAUGUCGGCGCUUUCGAUAUGUCAAACCCUACAUCAGGGUCUUCAGCGCAAUAUCUGCCAAUUCGACCGUUCGACCAUGCGAUAGACCUGCCGAGUCCGUAUGGUCACCCUACACCACCACCGCAGCAGGUGUCAUCGUUCCGUCCACAGCCUACGCCAGUAUGGAAUACCUCCAAUUACACCCACCACGACUCCUAUCAGAACACCGAUACACCAAACAAUAAUGCCAUGGGUAUGACGCCUACUCCACAGCCAAGACUGUCAUCUCAAUAUCAUGCAUACGAGCAGUACCUCCAGGCCAUGGCUCUAGCGAACUUGCACGUCUCGCCACCAUGCGAGGAUCCUCACCUUCGGACGCCAGCAGCCGCAAGCAUCCCACAACAACAGCCCGCUCGACAGCUGUCACAUGAGAAAGCCGAAGCGAAACCAGCAGCAGCCAGCAGUCGUAAUACGGUCAGACCACAAGCAGAAGAUGAAGUCGCUGCGUCUGCUGCAGUAAAAGCACUUCGCGACCGCCGUCAGUCGAAUGCCACAAAACCCGCCGGUCCAAGCUCCUCCAAGCGAGCAGUUCCUGGUGGAGUAAAGAAAGGAGGCCGAGUCAAGGGUGAACAUCUCCCAGAGAAGACUCGUGCGAAGACAACUUUACUGCGAAAGAUCGGUGCGUGCUGGCGUUGUGCGCUGCAGAGAGAUCCGCAAUCCAUCGAGGACACUGUCGCUCGCGAAGUCCGUCAGUGGAACCUCACCAACAGCAUCGACAUCCAUCUACACUCUGGCUACGGUCCCCCACUCCGCUGGAAAGUCUACGAGUUUGAGCCGCGGUCAGAUGAACUGCUCUCCCAACUACAAUAUCACACUCGAGAUCAUCAAAUGGCGUCGACGUUCAAUUACGCUCCACCAUAUGGGCUACUGAAGAUCGACACCAGCGACGAGACGCACAUGGAAAAUUACCUCGACGAACUCCUCCAUCCGGACCAUCUCUGGGACUUUGCGUGGUGUUUCUACGAAGAAGAAUGCCAGACCGAUCCCGAAUUCUUCCAAGCUGGCGUGCUGGACUUGAUGUGCAAACUCUACAUGACCACCACCGACGAAACUCUCAAACCCCUCCUCCGACUCAUCCUCCGCCUCCAACUCGUGACUCACAUCAUGGGCCACACCCUAGCCGUCUCCCCGUCCACCCUCCCAACACUCCUCUCCAAUCUCCAACAUACCCCCUCCCCACAUCCCGCCUCCCUCCCAGAGUUCACCUCCCCUCGCCUCGCCAAUCGCCAACUCAAAUUCUUCUUCUCCAUCCUCCGCCUCACCCUGUCCACCAAACUCCUCAAAUGGCUCCAACAGACCCUCCACACGGCGGGCUCAAAGUCGACCACUUUCCUUCCCUCAUUCCUCGUCAUGCUGGGCUUCGCAAUGAGUCUAGAAGAAGUCCAACGCACGCUCAUGCUCCAAGCGGACUCGAAGGUCAGGAGGGAUAACGCGGAUCGAAAGGAAGCGGAGACGGAAGCGAGGAAUGCGUGUGAGAGGAUCGACGAGCGGUUUCGAUUGUUGGUGGGACUCUUUCAGUGCAAGUAUCGCGAUAAGAAGUGGGGUGUUGAUGGGGACUUUGGACCGGGGACGCCGAGGGUUGAUGGAGUGGGUGGAGAGUUUUUGAGGGAGUUGAGGAUGUUGGUCGAGGAUCGAGAGGAUCAUCUCCAUUUCCGCGAAGAAGUGCCAUUCGCGGCCGAGAAUCAGUGUCUUUAUACGACGCGCUUGACUGCCAGGUUUUUGGUGCCGUUCCUUGGCUUGCCGAGGACUUGA